UUCUUAGAAGCAAGCCUGGGUGAUUGGCCAUUCAGACAACCUACGGUCUGUCCGAUCCGCUAGACCCCGCGACCCCACCAUUCCACGUCAACACAGGAAGCAGAGCCAUAAAAAAAAAAUGCCCACUCCACUGAUACCUGAACCCGAUUCUCCGUACAAGCCACUGAAUUGCAUCCCAGACUCUUGGGUCUUGCUACAAUGUCGUUGUCUUAUGCCAAGCUAGAUCCUGAUAACAACGAGAUUCGGCUCCUAACCAUCUUGCCCGACGAGAACGAGUCUAAUCCAGUCGAAGGGUCGCUUCAGAUCAUAUCACUCAAAGACUCGCAUGAGUUCGAAGCACUUUCCUAUGUCUGGGGUGAUAUCACUGUCACAACGGACGUUAUGAACAUCUUAGAAGCGACUGUGGACCUUUCAGGAGUGGCACCUACCAAGAACGAGGCCGAUCUUAGGCUGGGAUUGCUAUACAACUCCAUUGAGGAGAAGGUGCUUAGAUUUCGCAAAACGGUCAACCAAGUACCAGACGGCGAAGCAAAGGAGUUCUCUGAGUAUCUGCUAAAACGGCUUGAUCUUAUACACCAAAAAUCCUUUCAAACCUUUGUCCCUCUCCUACCAGGAGACCUUCUGGUGCAAAAGGACCUGCACCCUGACCCAGGUUCGCCACCUAGUUGCCCUCUUGGCGUACUGCUAUCGAUCACGACUCACCGAAAACGCAGCAACCCACUUGACAGGGUGUAUGCAUUAUAUGCAAUGGCUCCUUUGGUUCAGGAGAAGUAUCCUCCAAGCUAUCAGAAAACAGUGAAUCAAUUGAACCAUGAAACAACAGCAUACAUUUUACAAUAUGAGGGAAACAUGAAAAUUAUUGAGAACUUUAAUUUCUUUAAUGACGAGUCACUUCCAUCAUGGGUAUUAGAUUUUGUCACAACAACCCAACAGCACUUUGGUACGAGUUGGGCAGCCUGCAGUAAACAGGCAGUCCCUGAAGCAUCCCUGUGGCAAAAGCCAGAGGGCUAUUCGCCUACAAUAUCCGAUGACCUGCGGAUCUUGCAGCUUUGUGGCCGAGUAAUAGGUGCCGUCCAGGAGUCACUCACAUUAAGUACAGAGAGUCACGCGCCUCUCAGAGAGAUCCUAACCCAUAUUGAACGCAUCAGGAGUGAUGAGAGUGUGUGGCUUUGCGGUUCCGGAAUGACAGAAAAGCUCAUCGGCGCGUGUUACAACUUUACUGAGCCAUACGGUAGCCUGUCCUUCGCUUUCUUCAGUGAAACCUUAAGCAACCUCGGGCGGGAUGGCCAGCUUCUAGAUAUGGAGGGGCGGUAG